CAAAAACAAACGGUAAAAUCUCAGACCAUUGUUCUCCUGUCAGGUUUUGGUAAAAUAAGUGUGCCAUCUGUGUCUGUUCCAGUGAGAUGUCUUUAGUGCGGAUGAACCGUCCUUUAUACGGUGCGGGUAAAAGACCAGUGCGAAGCAGGAAGGUGUCUGCACCAAAGAAAGAAUGGGUGAGCACAGUCAAUGACCUUUCGGUGCAUAGAGCCACACCAGAGGAACUGGCCAAGCGUCAUGAGAUGCACAGAUCUCAGAACAGGGUCGUGGCGCAGUGGGAAUUAAAAGAAAAGGCUCUAACACGCAGACGGAGGAAAAACCAGCCCCCCAGUCCUCCAGGCCUCGAUAGAGCCCGGCUCAACAUCAUUAGAGAGUUGUUUUCAGAUCAGUGUCAGUUGCAGGAUGUCAUUGCACGGUCUGACAGAGCUUUGGCUGAGGUGAAAGACCUGUUUGGUGAUGCCCCUCGUCGACGCACAGGGUUCCCCACCAUUACUGUGGCACCUGACUGUGAUUCUGACUCCAAGCUUCCUGUCCAUCAAAAACCUGAUCCUCCAACCCAGCUGUCAUUGCUCAGCCAGACUACGAUGGAUCAGCAGGCCUUGAAUGAGUUGGAGGAGUGUGAAGAGGAACAUUAUGAAGUCCAGGAUGCCCCGGUGCAGCUCAGCUCUGUGAUGCACAGACAAAGAAAUAAAUGUAGGUCGAAGUCCUUUCCAUGGACUUCAGAUCAUCCAGAGCAAGAGCUACCCAAGACACCGUGUAAUACUAGAGUCAGAGAAGAUCAGGCAGCCCUCAACGCCACGGUGGCUGUACAGCGUUUAAAAUCCAGACAGACAUGUCCUGAUGUAAACCAAUCAGCUUCACUAGACAACCAAGUCCUGAAUUCAGAGACUGCUUCAUGUCAACCAGGUGUUAAGAGAAGCUCAGUUCAUUCCAGUAGGGGGCGCUCUGGAUAUACCUCUGGCCUGAACAGCUCAGGGUUGAGCUCUCUGACAGGAAAUCAGUCUAGUCUGGAGCUUCUGCAGGGAAUGCUUGAGCAAGUGGAGACCGAGCUGGACUCUCUAGAUCACCAGAAUCCUCCACCGGAAGCUAGACCACAGCAACAGAGACCAGGUCUCACCGGCUUCUCUGUGGCUCUAGUGGCGACACUUGGACGUCUAGCCAGUCAUAUUAGAAAAAAAGAAGAGGAGGCUCUGAGGGAGGCACAGGAGAAAAGACUAUUAGAGGAGGAAGUGAAGGAGCAGAGAGCUUUGAUUGACGCUCUGACUGUAGAGUCACUGACACUGAGGGAAGAGAGCGUCAGCCUGCAGGAAAGACUGCAGCAGCAGAUAUCUGAACUAGAGCGGCGUCUAGAUGGCCUAGUCCUGGUGGUGGGAAGACCAGAUUCUGCAGAACCACACACAACAGAGCAAAUCACAGAGAAUGCAGCUCAAAUAAGAAGGCAUCUGGAGUCUGGCUGUACUGAAUCCCAUCUACAGCAACAGGACUUUGUCACUGCAGCUGUGCUGCUCUCUCCUCCUCGUCAACGAGAUGGUCUGCCUCCUGCAGAAUGUCGUCCACAUUCACACGCACCCUCGCUGCACUACAGUGGCUCCUGUGCAGCAAUGGGAAGUCAGGGUUCACUGGAGGACUUUGACAUCUCCAUCUCUCCUUCCUCCUUCGCUAGCCUACCACGUCCUACUCCUCUGCUGGAGAAUCUCUCUCCGGAUGCCAUGUUAGGGGAGAUUGCCGAACUGACACGUCAGAACGCAGCGAUCCGGGCCCAGUUGGCUCAGCACCGUUCAUCUCCGGCUGGAGCUUCAGCGUCGAGGGAGCAGAGUGCAGACCGGCUUUCCACAGCCAGUUCUGUAGCUAGACAAGGGUCACCCUCUACAGAGUCACAGCACACACAGCAGCGUGUUUCUGUAGAGAGAUCCUCAACUAUGGAGAUCGAACAAAAACUGCAGGAGCUGAACCGCCAAAGUGCUGAAGCCAGAGCUAAACUACUAGAGCUCAUUGAACAACAGAAACAGAGCUCCCUCAAAGUUUCUCCUGCCAUUUCCCCAGUACCUCCUCACUCCAGCAGCACUCAUACAGCAGUUAGAAGGUUAACUCCGGAGCAGUUUUUGACGCUUCCUGAGAGAAACCGUUCACCACAACCCAGUGCAAGCAGUCAGAGGUCAGCUGGAAGACUCUCACCACAAAGUCUGGAUAAUGUGGAAAUCCAAAAGCUUGAGAAUAAAGUGGACAAGCUGAAGAGAGAGGGCUGGUUUGCGUUGUCAUCUCAUGUCAAGUGACUUGAGCUCAAUGAAUAUGGUCUAUCCAUAACAUAUUUCCAGGCACAAUAUUAUUCCUUUACAUUUGGCAUUCUUAGUUUGGUCUGAUCAAACAUCCUUUCUCAUGUUAAGAGGACCUAUCCAUGACCAGAUACAUUGAUAAAUAGAUCUUUUACCUAGUUACCAACACAUUUACUUGAAUCUUCAUGUGAAGUAUUUCAAAUCUCAGUGUGCAUGCAGGCAUACUAAUUGAACUGUAUUUAAUGUAUUAGUUCUAAAUCUUUUUUUUAAGAAAUGUCUAAUUCCACAAUAAAUUUUGGUUAAAUGCUUUUAUUGUGUUUUUUUCCAUCACAUUAUUAUUUGCACUGUUCUCUGAUUUUGAGAACAGCGAAAAAACAAAGCAGCCAAAAAUGUAAAACGUUACAAAUGUAAAUGUUAACAUUUUAUGAUUGCAUAAAAUGUUCGAUCAACAUUCAGUUCGUAACACUGGCAUGGUAAUAAAUUCUGUUCUGUAAAUAAUUCAUAGUUGGUUACUGAUUUUCAGCUGCACAGCACCAUGUAAACCACCAAAACCGAGAAAAGACAUGCAGUUAGUAAAAUCUCAGUAUCAUUUAGCAUACUGAGCACAAAUACGAUUGUUUUGAAUGUAUGGAUUUUUACUUUCUCUUUUCCUAUUUUAUGGAGCCCUGAUCUUGACAUGCGGACAAAAAUUUUUUAUUGUAGCCAAGAAUCAGGAAUUUGUAUGCGUGUCUGUCUAUAUAAUGUAUCUAUAUAAAAGACAUUUUCCCCUGCAUAUCAUCAUGUGCGAGGCUCAAUAUUUUUUAUACUGUAAGUGUGCUUUUUACAUCUUCACUUGCUUAAAUAGCACCUAAAUAGCUACAAAUCCAUCUUUAGUCAUAAAAUUAAUUAAUAAAUGUAAAAACAUUUGAGGGAGAAUUUAACAUUUUAAAGACAGCAUGUGACACUAGCUGCGUUUCCAUUACAGAUUUGUGCAAUUACAAUAUUUUAUCUUUUACAAUAUUUUAUAAAUGGUAGAUGAGAAAAACUGUUGCACAAUGACCAGUGUUAUGCAACUAAAACAUUUCUUCCUCUCAUGAUUAAUCAUGGGGAUGGAUGUUGAUAGGUUAAAUAUUGCAGCUACCCCUCUACCUGUUAUAUUUGAUUUAUAAUCAAAGGAGACGAAGGCAUGUUUUUUUUUGUGAUGCAGUUUCAUCUGGCAUAAACAAACACUGACUAAUGUUAGUCUCUGAAACGUAUUACACUGUAAAUAAGGGGUUAUUAAGCAUUGUUGGCAAAGAAAGCCCCUUAUACUUAAGAGCAGCCACUUUUGAGGUGUUUUUAACAAGUUUGUUAAAAGAAUGAUAAUGUGACUGGCAACCUGUAAAUGCGAAAAGUAAUAGUAGUUUUGCAAAAUAUAGUUUUUUUUUAUUGCUAUAAUAAUCACCUCAUGCCAGCAUGAAAACUUUUGUGCAAUAUUUGCGAAAUUGCCAUUCAAUUUGCAAUUUCAAUCUGAUGGAUAAUGGAAACACAGCUACUGUUUGUCACUGC